AUGGCAGCAGCGACGGCAAUCGUUAGCGAAGCGGGCCCGGGGAGAGGAGAGGAGGAAAAUUCCCAUUCCGUGACACCCAGGAAGCAGGCGGGGCGACUGUGCGCAGAAAUGGGUGCAACGGCGGAGAAGCGGGGAAACUGCAGAAACGAGGGGAGGGAGUCGGACGAUGGGAGGAGUGGUACAAAGAGGAGAGCCUCCACGUGCGUUGACGAAGGGUUUGGCCUAAAGGUCUACAGGAGGAGAGGUGCCGCUGGGAACGAUGGAGUAGUUGUUAAGAUAGAGGAAGGAGCGGAGGGAAAUGAUGAGGUAGUCGGUUUGGAGUUGGGACGUGAUGACCUGACAGCUGGUGAGAUGGCAGGUGCUCACGUGGUAGGUGCUGAGGUGGCAGAUAAUGAGGCGGUAGGUGAUGACAUGGCUGGUGACGUUCCAGCUGGCAAUAUUGUGGGCCCCUUGCUGGCUGUGGAGAGAGAAGAAGGAGAGGUAGAAGUCGAUGACGUGGACAGUGAUGGCGAGGCACAUGAUGUGGCAGCGGCUGACGAGAGAACGGGUGACGUGGCUAGUGAUGAUAAGGUGGAAGCUGCUGGCGUGAUGACACGUGUCGAUCGCAUGGAGGCAGCGAGGAGGGCAGAUGAGUUAUCAUUGGCUGUGCUCAUUGGGUGCUUUCAGCGGGCUGUGGAGGCCACUGUGAAAGCGCGAGUGGAGGCGAGGGUUGUUGAGAUGGAGGAAAGGGAGAAGCGAUUGAGAGAGAAGGAGGGUGUGAAGAGAAAGGAAUUAGAAAGGAAGUUGGCUGAGGCUAAUUUAAGGAUCAAGAGGAUGGAAGAGGAGAUGAGUGGGGCAGUGAGGCUGAUGGCUGAAUUGGAGGGAAGGCUUAGGGAGGCCGAGGAGGGAUUGAGCAAAGAAGAGGAAAUGAUUGCACGAGAGGUGGAAAGGAGUGUUUCUGAGGAUGGUGAGCUUGUGAAGAGGCGAGAAGAGGAGCUGAGGGAAGCGUUAAAGGAAUGCGAGCAGGUGAAAGCAGGGUUGGAGGAGAGGCUUAGGGAGACAGAGGAGCGAGUGAGAAAGGAAGAGGCAGCAAAGAGAGAGGCAGAGAGGAAAGCGAGUGAGGCUGCAGAGAUGGCAAAAAAGUGGCACGAGGAGUGGAAAACAGCGUUGAACGAGGCUGAGAGACUGCUCGCACGGCGUGAUGAGAGCGAAAGAGAGGCAGCGGACAGAUUCAUGGAGGAAAUGGAAAAGCUGGUCAGUGAAGUGAAGAGGAAAGCGAGUGAAGCUGCAGAUCUGGCGAAGAGGUGCAAAGAGGGCGACGAGUUGGUGGGUGAGUUGAGGGAGAGACUUGGUGAGUUGAGGGAGAGACUUGGUGAGUUGGAGGUUGAAAUGGAGGCUAGGCGAGCGAGGGAGGCAGCAGAAAGAGCGGAGAAUUCAGGUGGAGAAGGUGCUGAAGAGAGCAUUGGAAGAGAGUGA